AUGAAGAUUCAGUUCGUACAACACAUUCUUUUGCUAAGCAGCCUCGCCAUUGCGAUGGCUCUGGCAUUUCCUAGUAACGACGGCGAAAAUGCUGCUGUGCCAAUUGAUAACCAGUAUGUUCUUGCACUGGCCACUCCAUCAGCUUCAGAAUCCGCAGAUACAUCGGCAUCGGAGGACCAGAUCUCUAACAGCAUACGCCGGCCACGUCAUCUCCUGAGCAAACUGUUCCAACCGCAGAUCGUGGUUCAGCCGGUUAUUGUAGAUCGGGUGGCUCCCGCACAAUAUCCUGGGUAUGCACAGCCCUCUCCUGACUACUACAACCAGGGCAGAAAAUUCUGGCCGAACGUAUAUUAAGCAUUUACUUGUAGCAAAUUAAAUAAAACAAUGACGCCUGACCUUAAAGUCAAAGAUUAA